AAGGUCGAGCAGGUGGGUAGGGUGCUCAAGGCCCCAGCGCUGCGGCGCGAGCAAGAAGACGAUGGAGCCAAGCCGCACGCGCCUCCUCCUCCUCCUCCACCUCUCGCUGCUCGCCUCCCCGUGUUCCGCGCGGUGGCGAGACGGUGGAGGAUAUGGCGGUGGCCUGCGCGAGAGCUUCCUGCGGUGCGUCGCGCGCCGUUCGCCGGCGACCGCGGACCCGUCGCGGCUCGUGCACGCGCCGGGGGACGACAGCUACCAGUCGCUGCUCAACUCCACCAUCCAGAACCUCCGCUUCGCCUCGCCGCGGACGCCCCGGCCGGCGCUGGUGCUCACGCCGGGGACCGUCGACGAGGUGCGGGCGUGCGUCGUCUGCUGCGGCGAGCACGGGCUGACCGUCCGCGCGCGCAGCGGCGGGCACGACUACGAGGGCCUCUCGUACCGCUCCGGCGGCGUGGGGGUCGCGUUCGCGGUCGUCGACGUCGCGGCGCUCCGGGCGGUGCGGGUCGACGCGGCGAGGGGCGUGGCGCACGCCGAGCCGGGGGCCACGCUCGGGGAGCUCUACUACGCGGUGGCGGAAGGGAGCGGCGGGCGGCUCGGGUUCCCCGCGGGCAUCUGCCCCACGGUCUGCGUCGGCGGGCACCUCAGCGGCGGAGGGUUCGGCCCGAUGAUGCGCAAGUACGGCCUCGCCGCCGACAACGUCGUGGACGCGGAGGUGGUCGACGGCGCGGGGAGGCUCCUGGACAGGGCCGCCAUGGGGGAGGGCCUCUUCUGGGCGAUCAGGGGCGGCGGCGGCGGCAGCUUCGGCAUCGUCGUUUCCUGGACCGUCACCCUCGUCCCCGUCCCGGCCGUCGUCUCCGCCUUCACCGUCCACCGCCUCCUCCUCCGGCGAGGCGGCGACGACGAGCAAGCCCUCCUCCGCCUCCUCACCAAAUGGCAAGCCGUGGCGCACGCUCUCCCGGACGACCUGUUCGUCAAGGCGUCCAUCGAACCCAAACCCACCAACGACGCCAACGUCUCGACCCUGCGGCCAUUGGUGACAUUCAAAUCACUCUUCCUCGGCAAUUGCAGCGACAUGAUCGCCCAAAUCCACCACCAUCUGCCCGAACUCGCCGUCAAACCAAGCGAUUGCAAACAGAUGAACUGGCUGCAAUCCAUGCUCUACUCCUACGGCUACACCAAUGGCCCGCCACCGGAGAUCCUCCUCGACAGAACACUGCAACCCAAGGACUACUACAAGAUCAAGCUUGACUACCUAACCUCCCGGAUUCCACAAACCGGGCUCGCCGAAUUGCUCACGAAGAUCGUCGAGGACCAAGACGGCUCCAUCGACAUCGACCCGCAAGGUGGCUUGAUGAGCCGCAUACCGGAGUCCGGCACGCCGUAUGCUCACCGGAGAGGGUACCUCUACAAUGUGCAGUACUCUGUGAAAUGGGGAGGUGACAAGAAUGUGUCCCAUGAGGAUGACCACCUGGGGUGGGUGAGGGGGGUGCAUGAGCUGAUGACACCCUAUGUGAGCAAGAACCCCAGGGCUUCAUACAUCAACUUCAGGGACCUGGACCUGGGGCAGAAUGUGGAGGGCAGCACAGGGUAUGAGGAGGCCAGGUUGUGGGGGGAGAAGUACUUCAGGGGGAACUUCAGGAGGCUGGCCAUGGUGAAGGGCCAGGUGGAUCCUGGGCAGCUGUUCUGGAGUGAGCAGAGCAUUCCUCCUCUUGUUGUGGAUGGUGAACUGGUUUCAGAUAGUUGAUGGUUCAGUUGCAGUUUGAUGUAUAGGGAUUUUGUGAUUUUCAGUAUAUAUUUGCAAUCAUGUGUGCUAGAAAGUA